AUGUACCAAAAGCAAAAGGUGGGAUACAGCCUGGCCCAACGCAACCAUCGGUGGCGGCAGCGGGGGCCGCCGUUGGGGCUCUUGGUUGAGAAGGUCGACGUCGCCGAGUUGGCCAAGCCGGCUAAGCGCUACAGAUCUACUGCCCAGGUGACCAACUGCGAGCUCGUUGCGUCGUACAACUGGCUGGACAAAAAGCAGCCAACGGUCAUGAUCCCAGGCGCGCCGCCCAGAUGGACGCCGCUCGCUGAGCCCCAGGAACUCAAGGAAGACGGCGGCGUCUAUUAUCGCGACAAGAACGCUGCCAGAUACCCGGCUCACCCGAUGGAGCCUGCCACUAGGGCUGUUCUGACGAUGCACCCGGAACCUUUGACGAAGCCGGUGGACGUUGUCGCGUGCGGAAGCACCAUCGGGAGUCUUCUCCACUUCGUCCGCGGCAAUGAGCGACCGUUCCGCAUGCUCGUCGAGGUGGUCGGCGGCGUCGUGCACCUGAUCCGCCGGGAGAACUCGCCGACCGAGACGAUCCCAAACGUCAAGGGAUUCGGCCACACGUUCCCCGAGACCUACACGACCUGGGACGCCAGCGUCCGGCAGUCGACGUCCCAUCAGCGUGUCCUUCGGUACGACUUUGCUGGUCUCGGCUGCAUCGUCCGGCACGAGGGUGACGGGUACCUCGAGGACAAACUUGGGCCGUCGUCAAACAGAGUUCCCUCCUCAGACGACGAGCAGGAUUCCAUUGACGCGCUGGCCAAAGGUCUGGACGCCAGUGGCAUAACCUCCAAGACUUCCAUUCAUUCGUCCAAGCUGCACCUGCUGUCGGGCGGCUUCCCGGUGCCACAGACAGCCGUGUUCGACCUCAAGACGCGGUCCAUACUCCGCCGAGACAAAGACUUCUUGGGAGAGGAGCUUCCCCGGCUGUGGGUGGCGCAGAUCCCCAACUUCAUCCUGGCGUACCACGAGCGAGGCACCUUCACCGAGAUCGACGUCAUUGACGUGUCGGACAAGGUCAAGGCGUGGGAGGCGUCGAUGAACCGAGAGCUCUCGCAGCUGGCGGCGCUCUUACACCGCAUCGUCGGCCUAGCCCGGGCGAGCCAGGACGGAAGGCUCGAAGUCAGCCGCCAGGCGCUCACGACGCUCGAAGUUCGCAAGCAGUGCGCCGGGGUGUCUCCGGUGUUCUCGGCCGAUAUGAUGGCCACGUGGAAAGCGUGGCUGGCUGCGGAUGCCGCAAGCGAGGCGGUAAACGACGAGGACAGCAGCAUUGAGGGAGAUUCAGACAGCAACGAUGACAGCGACGACGGCAAUCUGGCAUGGGGCGAAGGCGACGGCGACUACACGGCGUGCUCGGAAAAGUGUUCCUACUGCGGAAGAUGCACGUACUGA